AUGGAAACAUGCGCUAUUUGUUUCGAGGAGUCACAAGACUUAGAAGAUAUGCCAAAUUGUUCGCAUGUAGUGAGUGAGAUUGAAGAACUUGUGUGUAUUGAUGCAAGGGUUAUCCGCAAAUCUACAACGAACACGGUAGAGAUCAGAGUAACGCGUAGAAACGUGAUCACUUUAGGAUCAGACACUACUCCUUCUCCUCGUCCGUUCCCAACUCCUCACCUCCUUUUGACCAACGUUAUUAGCUUUGAUGAAGACUACAUGAAUCUUCUCCUCUAUCCAACCCUGCCAGAUCGCAACUUAUGCAGUAUUCUCUCCUUCGAGAUUGCUUCCGAAGCCAAACGAGUUCCAGGGCCCUUGUACAUCUCCUUUGACGUCACGUUAAGGCCAGAGAUAUUCGAGGAACCAGACAUGGAAACAUGCGCUAUUUGUUUCGAGGAGUCACAAGACUUAGAAGAUAUGCCAAAUUGUUCGCAUGUGUUUCAUGAUUAUUGUAUGCAUGAGUGGUUAUGUAGGACUAACCAUUGCCCUCUCUGCCGUGCUGUAAUUAUGGAAGACUAG